AUGGAAAACGCCUCCCUCUCGCCCUUCCUGACCCCUUCAGCCCCCGGCCCCUCCCAGGGCAUCGAAAGGACCCUGCAUCUCCUUUCCAUCGCGGUCUACGGGGUGGCCUGUCUCCUGGGGGUGACCGGGAACGGCCUGGUCAUCUGGAUCGCCGGCUUCAAGAUGGAGAAGACGGUGAACGUGGUGUGGUUCCUCAACCUGGCGCUGGCCGACUUCGUCUUCACCUUCUUCCUGCCGCUGAGCAUCGCCUACACGGCGCUGGACUUCCACUGGCCCUUCGGACGUUUCCUCUGCAAACUCAACAGCAGCCUGGCCUUCCUCAACAUGUUCGCCAGCGUCUUCCUCCUGACCAUCAUCAGCCUGGACCGCUGCCUCUUGGUGGUGCUGCCGGUGUGGUCCAGGAACCACCGGAAGCCCCGGCUGGCCUGGGCCAUCGCGCUGGUGACCUGGGGGGCAGCCUUGCUCAUCAGCUCCCCAUACUUCCUCUUCCGAGACACGGCCCUGAGUGCGAGGAAUGCCACCAGCUGCUACAACAACUUUGCCCUCUCCAGCAACUACUCCAGCGAGGGGAGCCGGAUCCUGUGGCGGAAAAGGCACAGAGCCAUGAUCCUGGCCAGGUUCGUCUUUGGCUUCUUGCUGCCCUUUACGGUGAUCGCCACCUGCCACGGCGUGGUGGCUUUCCAGGUGCAGCGCAGGCGCCUGGCCAAGUCGCCCAAGCCUCUCCGGAUCAUUGCGGCCGUGACAGCCUCCUUCUUCCUCUGCUACUCGCCCUACCACGUCCUCUCCCUGCUGGAGAUGUCCAAGACAUCCGGCAGCCCAGUGGUCAAGAGGGUGCUGCACCUGGGCGUCCCGCUGGCGUCCAGCCUGGCUUUCUUCAACAGCUGCCUCAACCCGCUUCUCUAUGUCUUCAUGGGUCAGAAGAGCUUCCGGCGGUCCGUGCGGGGGGCCUUUGAGGGGGCCUUCGGGGAGGACACCCUCUUGUCCUGGUCCAGCAGGAGGAAAUCCAGGGCCGCCUCCCAAACGGAGAUCCGGAUGGCUUAG